CCGGGGCUGAGGGGAGGGGCGGGGCGGGCGCGCGCGGCGACCGUUGGCGGGCCGUUGCCUCCCGCUGCCCCAUGAGCGCUACGGCGGCGGCGGCCCUCGCUGAGGGGGCGGCCCUGGCGGAGGGGGCCGCCGUGCCCUACGCGGUGGAGCUGGGGCUGACCGUGCUCCACACGGCGCUUUACGCCGCCCUGUUCCUCUUCGCCUACCUGCAGCUCUGGCUGCUCCUCUACUACCGGGAGCGGCGGCUGAGCUACCACACGCUCUGCCUCUUCCUCUGCCUGCUCUGGGCAGCCCUCAGGACCACCCUCUUCUCCUUCUACCUGCAGAACUCCCUGCAGGCCCUUCGCCUCCAGCAGCCCUUCGCCCACUGGCUGCUCUACUGCCUGCCCGGCUGCCUGCUCUUCUCCAGCCUCUGCCUCCUCAACCUCUAUUUCGCUGAGGUCAUAUUCAAAGUGAAAUGUGCAGCUGAAUUCAACAAGUACAAGGUCCUGUUGUAUCUGGGCUCCAUCUUUACCAGCCUUCUCUUCUUAGUUGUGAACUUAACUUGUGCAAUGUUAAUCCACGGUGAGGUCCCAGAGAACCAGCUGAGGUGGACAGUCCUUGCCCGUGCCCUAGUCAAUGACAGCCUCUUCAUCCUCUGUGCCAUCUCGCUGGCUUGCUGCAUGUGCAAACUAGGAAAGAUGUCUUCAGCAAAUGUCUACCUCGAGUCCAAGGGAACAUCUGUCUGCCAGGCUAUUCUUGUGGGAUCUGUAGUUGCUCUUCUGUAUUCCUCAAGGGCUUGCUAUAACCUGGUAGCUGUGGCCAUAUCUCCAGACAAUGUUCCUGGUCCUUUUAACUAUGGCUGGGACAACCUUUCAGACAAGGUGCAUGUGGAAGUGAGCAGUGAAGAGUAUGUGGUGUUCGGAGUGGUCCUCUUCCUCUGGGAGCUGGUGCCGACAACUUUUGUGGUGCUGUUCUUCCGGGCUCAGAGACUGAGUCAGAACUUGACUCCAGCGGGGAUGGUGAAUAGUCACAGUUACAGCUCCAGAGCCUACUUCUUUGACAAUCCGAGGCGCUAUGACAGCGAUGAUGACUUGUCACGGCUUGGGGCCAGAGAUGGAGGCUUGGCUACCCCUCAGUGCUCUGGCUGCUAUGGGUCCCUGGCUGGAAAUGACAGCUAUGUGGUGGGUCCCCACCUCAGCGGAACAGCUACAGACAGUGCCCCCUUGCUCUUUGCCGCAGGCGGCUCGGAGAUGAAUAAUCACCAUAGCUCAUACCCUGCACCACAGAACUGAAGAGGCUGCGAGGUCCCUUUCUUCCCAGAAGUGGCAUUCAUGUAUAGGAUUGUAACCUGGUUUUCUUUCAUUCUUCCCCAAAGCAUCUAACUCAUCGACACAAACAUUCCACUACCUGCUGCAGCUGUAAGCGGGACUGAGCCUAUGGCUGCAGGCAGUAAGCAAGAGAACUGUGACUUUAAGGUACCAUGUAGCAAAGUGAAGCGGAACUCUCUGGAAGCUUUUUCUUGGUCUGGUCUUCAAGAUGUUGGCAGCUAAAUGCACCAGAGCUUCCUCACUAGAAAAGAAACAUCAAAUGCAUAUUUGCACUUUUAUCUGCACACUUGGAAGGAACGAAUCUUGCUCAGACUGUGCUUGGUCUGAGACUGUUCUAGUUACUCUUAAUUGCACAUCCAUAGCUGGGAGAGGCACUAUCUUCCUGCAAAGACGUGUUCCGUGAAGUACUCUGCAUCCUGACUCACUUGGGAGUGUGAAGCUCUUUUAACAGAGCGUUACGGGCAGGGCCUCCUGUGGUGAAUGUUAAAGCAUACUGUGCCAUAUUCACACCUGGCAGGGCUGAUGCCUCUGGGCUGACUGUGGUCUUGCCCUGACUGCUGGCCCUCGUUUCACCUGGUUGCUGAACUGUCCUACCUAGGACUGUGGGUUCAAAGCUUGGCUCGAAGCAUACCCUAGAGCAGAGGCCUAUGAGGGUGAGACCCAGUGUUCCUACUGGCGUUGAGAUAACUAUGUUGUAACCAACCUGCUAGUUUCUGGCAAAGGAAGAGGGCUGGCUCGGAUGGUAGCUGCUGUUGGGUGGUGGGCAAGGCUCCAUGGGCUGCUGCCUUCAGGGAAAGCUUGGAGCUGGAGCUGGCCCAGGGAGAGUGCGUAUGCAGGAAUGUGUGUGGCCCAAAGCACAUGUGGAACCAGGGCUGCUUUAACUGGGGGGUGGUAAGAGCAGUCCGGCUCCCCUUUCCCCCGCAGUAUUAAAUUGCAUUUAGCAGAUAACCAAGGGUUUUAACUUCAAGUGAAUGUGAACCGGUGGGGUCACUGCUGAGGUGCAGGGGCUGUCUGUCUGCUUGGGGAGGCAAGGCCUGCUCUUGCAGAAGGAGGUGGCAGACACUGUGGAGACCUGACCAUGGAGCAGGACCAUGGGCCUGGAGUCCUCCCACUGCCACAGAAGCUGCAUCAGCAGGGCUUAGCAGUGUACACAGCAUUUUGAGUGUGCUGGGUUGGUCUGGGAGGAGGUUUCUGUCUCUUUAACCAAAACAGCCAUGUUUGACCUGGCUGGUAGCUCCACUGGGCUCCUGGAGGUGGAGGCUUGGUGUUAUUCCUGGCUUGCCCUGAGCUUGAUGUGGGGAUGAGUGAAGCAGCUUUGGAUGUGGCCUUGGAUGGAGGCCCUGGCCCAGGGAGGGCAGCUGCUCUGCCCUAUCAUGACAGCCUGAACUGGAACUGCUUUUAGCCCACCCAGGGCUGCUCCUGCGGGUCAAAGCCAGGUCUGACACUGAAGGACCCGGUGGGGGUGAAGGACUUGCCUGUGCGUGGAGCGGUCUGGCACUGCCUGGCUCCAGCCAUGUGACACUGGGCUGGCUCUGGUGCUGGAGCCCCCAUAGCUCUGUGAGAGAACCCCCAAGCACUGGGGCAGCCCCGGCCUCUCCUCACUUGCCAUGUGCUCACUAGUAUGGCCUGCUCACCCUGUCACCCACCUCACUUUUACUGAGCUAGAUGUCACUUGUCACACCGAGAAUGCCCUGUCCCUCUGUGUGGUCUGUGCCAGCUUGUGGGCCUCCCUGCUAACCCGCUUCACUCUUGCUGGCCCCCAAAAAGGAGCAAUCCCAGCUGCUUUUUGGAGAAGGCUUGGAGAUGACAACUUUCAGCACAUCCCUCUUGCUCUAGUACUUGAACCAGAGCCCUGCCCCCACUGCCGUGGCUCUCCUGGCUGCUCUGCCUGUCUCCUCGCCUCGGCCGGGGCACAGAAACAGGUUGCUCCAUCUCAAUCACUGCUUGACUUACGGCAAAGCUAAGGGAGGACCUGGACUCAGUGUGUUGCCCUUCUUUCUUCUGCUGUAAGUCACCAAAGAUAGUAAGUGAUGCUAGUGGCCCCUGUUCUUGCUUAAAUUCCAAAGCACUAGGAGCACUUUAAGUUUUUCUUUGGAGGGGAAGGAGUGUAGUGCAAAAAAAAUAAUAAUUUUAAAAUAAAGAAUUAAAGGGCUACAGGCUCAUUGUUCAUAUUGCACUGAAGCACACAACAAUAAUACGAUCUUCCUGGCAUUAGGAUGGCAGGUCGGGGGUCGGGGCAGUGAGUCUUGUUGCUAAUGUACUUGUGAGUGACUGGCAAAGUGUUUUGGUUUUACUCAUUUGUACGGAUGGCCGUUAAUUUCAAAACUCUGACUUGCUCCUGCUGGGGCUGGUCCCAUGUUUUACUGAAGUAAUUUAUAGCUGAGAAAUACAAUGACUUUUUUAAUGCAUAGUUGCCUUUCAUUAAACUUUUUUUGUUGGUAUGGUUUAACAGUGUUUUGGCUUUGCAGUCAGGCAGCAGCUGGCUGUGACAGGAAGCUGUGGCCAAUGAAUGUACCUAUUUGUUCUUCACUAAACUGUAACCAAGCACUACUAUGUUGAAAUAAAUAAAAAAAGCCUACUUUCUGUGCUAGGCUGCCAGAG